AGGCCGGAUCGCCGUAGAACCCUCGCGAUUCGCCACCGAAGCGUUCGCCCCUGUUUUCAAAUGCGGCCAGUUUUAUGAGUCUCCUUCCCCCUAAGUUCUCAGGAUAACAUUUUCUUCUUCGUCUUCCUUCCUUGAAAAUUAGCAGAGCAGGUUCUAAGCCAAUCUCGACGCUUCUGUUCCUGGUACGAUCAUGUUGAGCUUCACAAGGAGGAAGGUUCUCUGCGCAGACUUCAUUGCUUCGGCUAAAAAUUUCUCGGUAAAGCUUUUGAGAGGACUCCAAUGGCGGCAUCUGCGUCAACGAGAAAAUUUUCAACUUCGCACAAGGAGGUUUGGCUCGCAACUUCACCACGAACAAAUUCAAUUAUUGCAGAUGACCGUCCGUGAUGCAUUGAACUCUGCCCUUGACGAGGAGAUGGCCGCUGAUCCAAAAGUUUUCUUGAUGGGAGAAGAAGUUGGGGAGUACCAAGGCGCUUACAAGAUUUCAAAGGGAUUACUUGAUAAAUAUGGUCCGGAGAGGGUUAUUGACACUCCAAUUACGGAGGCGGGCUUCACUGGAAUUGGAGUUGGGGCGGCGUACUAUGGACUCCGUCCAAUAAUUGAAUUUAUGACAUUUAACUUCUCUAUGCAGGCAAUUGAUCAUAUCAUCAACUCUGCUGCGAAGUCCAACUAUAUGUCAGCCGGUCAAAUAUCUGUUCCUAUCGUCUUUCGAGGACCAAAUGGUGCUGCUGCUGGAGUCGCUGCUCAACAUUCUCAGUGUUAUGCUGCUUGGUAUGGAUCUUGUCCCGGGUUGAAGGUUUUAAGCCCUUAUUCUUCAGAGGAUGCUCGAGGCUUACUUAAGUCUGCUAUCAGGGACCCUGAUCCUGUCAUCUUCCUGGAGAAUGAAAUAUUAUAUGGAGAGUCCUUCCCUGUUUCGGCUGAAGUAUUAGAUUCUAGCUUCAGUAUUCCAAUCGGAAAGGCGAAGAUAGAAAGAGAAGGGAAAGAUGUAUCAAUCACAGCUUUCUCUAAGAUGGUUGGUUUUUCACUGCAGGCUGCAGAGAUAUUAGCAAAAGAUGGAAUUAGUGCUGAGGUUAUAAACCUUCGUUCAAUUAGGCCACUAGAUAGAGCCAUGAUAAAUGCUUCAGUCAGGAAAACAAACCGGCUCGUGACAGUCGAAGAAGGGUUCCCGCAGCACGGUGUUGGCGCGGAAAUCUGUGCUUCAGUGAUUGAGGAGAGCUUUGAAUAUCUUGAUGCACCAGUUGAAAGGAUUGCCGGGGCUGAUGUUCCAAUGCCUUAUGCUCCAAAUCUUGAAAGGCUGGCAGUGCCACAGGUUGAGGAUAUUGUUCGUGCUGCAAAGAGGGCCUGCUAUCGGGUGGUGCCAAAUUCUGCAGCAGCUUAGCUGCAGCUGAAUCUGUACAUUUUCAGAGCAGGCUUUGAAAUUUAAAUGUUACAGACUGACAUGAAGUAUGUCUGCUUAAAUAACAUUAACGUGAGAUAUAUUUAUAUGUUUUUUUGGCUAGCAAUUAACAUGCUGUUUCUGUUCAAAUAAUAUGCCAAUGCAGUGCAUUGAUAUAGAUAAAAUGUUAGCAUUUCAGAAUUU